AUGAUUCUUCGGGCAGAAGACAUGAAUGUAUGUACAGGUGUUGAUGUAUAUGGUAUAGAAGCAGAAUUUCAGUUUAAUGGGUUACAAAGAUAUAAAUCUCCUCCAGAUUAUUGGAAAAACCUUGGAAAUUCCAAAUCAAGAUCAACAGACCAAAAAAAUGUUGGAAAACACAUAAUAAUGGAAAAACUAAGUCAUCUUCCAGCAAAUUCAUGUAUAGCAUUUACUGAUGGGUCCUGUCUUGGUAGUCCUGGCCCUGUAGGAGCAGGUGUUGUCAUUUUUCCAUCAAAUAAUCAACCACAAAUUGAAAUUUGUAAAGCUGUAUCCAAGAAAGGAUCAAUACUACUCGGAGAACUGAUCGCCAUUAAACUUGUUGUUGACCACUUUUUAAUAUCAGAAAACAGACAAAACACAGACUCAAUUACACUUUUUUCAGAUAGUCAGUCCUCAGUUGGAAUUUUAACUUUAAACUGGAAAUCAGAAAAUUACAUCAAAGUCAUAAGAGAAAUUAAGAAAAACAUGAAAGUAUUAAAGAUGAAUGGAAUUACAUUAAAUUUUGAAUGGACACCUGGUCAUGCUGAUAUCCAAGGAAAUGACAUUGCUGAUUCACUGGCCAAAAAAGGAGCUAAAGAAGCUGAAAAAAUAGAAGAACCAUCAGAAGUAACCAGGCAGGAUAUAAAACGUGCAGCAAGAGAAAGUGUUUUAAGAAAAUGGCAGAACCAAUGGGAAUCAAGUCAACGUGGCAGAAAUUAUUAUAACUAUCAUCAAAAAGUUUGUCAAAAAAUACCAAAAGAUUUACCAUCCAAAUGGUCGUUUUCAAUUAUUACUAGUUUGAGAACAGGUUAUUGUGAUCUAAAUGAUUAUAAAUCCAAAAUCAUACCAUCAACAGACAAAAACUGUUCCUGUGGAGAGCCAGAAAUUGUAGAACACUACCUUUUACAUUGUUCUAACUAUGAGGAGGCUAGAGAGAGGAUGAGAACAUCUAUUUACUUUAUAACAGGAAAUAUACAUAUGGAUUUAGACACCUUACUAGGAAUCGAUGAAGAAGACAUUAAUAGAGACAAUCGAAAUGAGAUAUUGUGCCAUCUGGAAAAUUAUUUAACGGAGUCUGGUAGAUUCAAAAACACUAUACAGCAAAAAACACUAUAA